GUUAUUUUACCAAUGUCUAAAAAUGUAGUAGGCCUGUGAAUUGGUGGUGAAAUUUUUGAAGUAAUUUCGAUCAAAACCUUUAAGAAAUUGGGAAUACAAAUUAUAUUUGACACUCGAAAUGAAACUUAUCUUCGCGGAAAACUUGAAUAUUGAGAAAGAUCGCACGCUCAAUAUAUGGAAACUAUGUAACCGAGUUCGUCAAUCUUUGAAUUAUCAGCAAUACUCAGAUCUACGAAAAUCAUUUCAAACCCAUGACCCUUGCUCUAAUGGGUUUAUACAAGGUUAUGAAUUCGCUCAACUACUGAGCUGUCUCCUGCGGGAUUGCCUGUGUGGAACCGAAAUUUGUCAAUUGACAGAGUUCUUUCAGACACCCGAUUCAGCUGGAGUAGCGUACGUACAGUUUCUACAAACUAUCAACAUAGAUGAUGAAUUUUCGGAAAUAUCGAAAACAGGACAAAGCCUAUCAAGUAGUGAACUGCGACUGUUGUCGCUUUUGUUGAUGAAAAUUGCCCAGACACUAAGAUUCCGAGAACAGGUUCUCCGGCCAUAUUUCGAAGAUUACGACCUUAUCGCUCGAAACGGUGGUUCGGUUACCUACGCAUAUUUCAAAAGAGUUCUGUAUUUCUUAGGUAUCACACUAGGCCUCCAGGAAUGGAAUCUAUUGACGAAACGAUACAUGAUUGAUAACUAUAAAGUUGAUUAUGAAUCGUUUGUGGAAGAAAUCGAUGAGCUCUUCAGAUAUUUAGAUAGUCAAGGCCCAAUCGACCGCCAAAAUGAGAACAAUGUUCCAUCGAAAUCAAUCGCUGCUGCGUUACCUAAGAAUAAUAGGCCAGAAGUUGGUGUGAUCAAUUUAUCCAAAGUUCUGCAAAAGUAUUCUGCACAUCAUCCAUGCUUGAUACCGUCGAAUGAAGAACGUGACUUUCAGACCUUGCUUAAUCGAAUUCAACGUUACAUCUGGGAAAACAGAGUACGCACUCGAGAGUUUUUCGAACAGUAUGAUCUAUUAGGUUGCGGAUGGAUCAGUCGAAGUCAGUUUGUUCGUGCAAUGGAUGCAAUUGGAUUAUCGAGCCUUCAUCGACUUCCCUUAACAGAUCGUGAAGUCAGAAUCAUCUGUGAACACUAUAAGGACCCGAAAAAUGCUAACCGAAUACAUUGGAAUCUUUUUGCGGAUUAUGUAGAUGAAGUGUUCACCGUGAAAAAUCUUGAAAAUGGUCCGUUCCAAAAAGUCGAAUCACCUCCCGAAAGAAUAAAAAAUCUGUCACGAAGUGGUGACUUGAAACCAGUAGAAUUGAACGAAACUUCACGUGAGUUAGUGGAGGAAGUGGUCGGUUGUAUACGAACUUUGGUGGCAGCUAGAAGAGUUAUGAUAUCUCCUAUCUUCAAAGAUUUUGAUCCUCAUCGUAAUGGACACAUAACACGAAGUCAAGUCAAUGAAGUGUUGUCUAUGGCUGGUGUGGAGAUAUCGGAAGAGCAACGGUAUGCUUUAUGCGAACAAUAUUCAGAUGAUUUGGGAUUCAAUUACGUGAGCUUCUUAAAAGAUGUUGACCCGGUGCCUGUAAUAAGAUCAGCUUAUAAGGAUUUGCAGUUCCGACAAGCAGUACUAAACAAAAUGAGUCAACACUUAGCUAUGCAUCCUCAUCAGUGUGAUAUUGUGCGUGUUUUGGCGAAAGUUAAAGGACAGACAGUACGCAGAAAGCUGAGAAUAAUUGACUGCAUGCGAGGGUUCGAUCCACUCAAUCACUUUUGUAUAACCAAAGAGCAAUUUGAGCGUGGCUUGUCGACUGCUUCCAUCAAUCUUACGCCAACGGAGGUGUGUACUUUAACGAAAAUGUUCAAAACGCCCCUUCGGAAUACAAUUGAUUAUAAAAGAUUUUGUGACACCAUCGCCGAGGUCGAUUACCAAUGCAACCUAGAGAAGGCACCUUUGUUGGUCCCACUGCAACAUGUUCCAACUGAGGACGGUCUUCACAAUCAUCUGAACUUUGAAGAACGGACCAUAGCGUCCCGAACAUUACAGAAGCUAGCGCGCUAUGCAGACGUCGUAUCCAAUUUGAAGCCGAUAUUCGAGGAUUUCGAUCGCAAUCGUUUGGGUGUAGUCAAUCGUAACCAAUUGAUUCGCGCAAUGGCUACACGUGAUCUCCAUACAAGAAUAUCAAGUCGUGAGUUCGAAGUACUCUGCAAAUGCUUCGGAGUAGAGAUAGGUUACAGACGAGAAAUUAAUUAUCGGGCUCUACUUACAGCGCUGGACUAUCUGUAUGCAAAUCGUGAAAAUCAUCCAUUCUGAAGUAUACUACGUCUUCAUAGAUAUCUUUUGGAUGCCCAUGGUUGUAGGGCAAACGAUCAAAUUGUAUAAAUAGGAAAAUACGUAAAUAAAUAUCUCAAUCCUCUC